CAUCGCGAGAUAAUUAUGCAGAUAACAGUGAUGCUCGCCGGUAUUCCACCUGUAGGAGGAUCUACAGGGUCGGGAUUGGAGAUAGACAAGAUGGACCAACAGUAUUGCCUACGGUGGAACAACCAUCCAGCCAACCUCACAGACGUUCUCAGCUCCUUACUUGCCAGAGAGGCACUCUGCGACGUAACCCUGGCGUGUGUUGGAGAAACUUUCAAGGCACACCAGACGAUACUCUCUGCAUGCAGUCCAUAUUUUGAGAGCAUUUUCCUUCAGAAUACCCAUCCCCAUCCAAUUAUAUUCCUGAAGGAUGUCAAUGAAACGGAAAUGAAGGCAUUGCUGCACUUUAUGUAUAAGGGGGAAGUUAACGUUAGUCAGCAUCUGCUACCGAUGUUCCUUAAAACAGCUGAGGCAUUACAGAUUAGAGGCCUCACUGAUAAUAGUGUAAAUAACAAGACAGAAGAGAAAAGUCCAUCGCCAGAACCAGAAACGCAAACUGGUAUUAGGCAUACUGAAUCGCCUAACCUUCAGCCUCCUCCUGAAAAGAGGAAACGAAAGGCUUCGGGCAGCUAUGAUGUUUCCCUUAGUGGUCCACCCAGUGAACGGUUCAUGUCAGAUUCUCAGACAUCGUCACAAUGUAGUUACAAAUCAAGCCCUCCUGUGAUUCCAAAGUCAAAUAAUGCCAUGGGAGCUGAUUUGGAAGAUGGUAGUCGACCUAUGUCUCCUGCAUCACAGCCACAACCUUCGAUCAAGCAAGAAUUAGAUCAUCACUUACCAGACUUCCAUGACAACAUUUCCCUCCCAACUAGUGUGGAGUGGGAAGUUCAGAGAGAUGGGAAGAGUGACGAAACUAUGGAUGUACAGAACAUGACCCAAAAUCAACAAGAUUCUGCUGUGAUACAAGUUUCUUGUGAAAGCACUAUCAUGGCUGGAGGUUCUAUGUCUAUCAAUAUGUCAGGGACUACAUCUGAAUGUUAUGAUAAUUCUUACAAAUCUUCGCAAAAUCAGUCUACAUCUUUAAAGUGUAAUUCACAGAAAAAUAGUAAUGCAGAAUUCACUUCCAUUCUUGAUUCAUUUCCAGAAAGUAAUGCAAAUGCUAAAAAAUUUCAUGAUAACAACGAAAUACAUAGAUCAAUAAUUGUAAAUCCACAGCCAAGCAUGUCAGUAAUUCAAUCAACUUUAUGUAAUAUUUCACAACGUUCUAUUCCUCAAAGUAGAAAAACUGGUAAAUUUAAAGUUGGAUGGUUAGAUAUGUAUUCUUGGCUUCAAUAUGAUGAGAGAUCAAACCUUAUGUUUUGUAAAUAUUGUAGAAAAUGGAGUGAUUCAAUGCCUGAAAUACGUACUUCAUUUGCUGCUGGAAAUGGUAAUUUUAGACUUGAAAUUGUGAAUCACCAUGAUAAGUGCAAGGCUCAUAAUUUGUGUGUUGCUAAAGAAAGUGAAGCAAGAGGAAAUUAUACUUACAUCAUGGAAACAUAUUGAUUUUUUAUUGAGUGCAUUUUAAUAAUAUUAAUUUGUGAUUUAUUUUGCUCAAUUAAGAUUCAGAUUAAUUUUUACCAUAAAAAAAUGAUUUGUCAUGCAAGACAAAAUUACUUCAUAAACAUUCUUUUUUUCUUACUUUUUGUUAUUAUAAAAUCAUAUCUGCAUGUAUAUGCAUAAUU